UCACUCUCGCGUUGUUUCCGCUGCCGCCGUUGUUCCAUUGAGAGAAGCUCAACAUGGCAUCCGACGGAGUAACGGGUAGCGAUUCUCUUUCGCCUGAUUUAGGAGGUGCAAUCGCAGCUUUAAACACAUGGAGCAAUCCGGAGCUUCAAGCCAAGCUGGCUGACCUGGGCGCACCAAAUAUGGGUCCCAGAGAGGAGCUGAUUGACAGACUGAAGGGCUACAUGAUGCAGACAGGAAUUAUCCUCAGCAAACCAAAUGAAGACAACCCAAUGGGCGUCCAGAUGCCAGGGUUACCUUCUCUUCCCCCAUUACCCAUGCCUCCAAUGCCCCCUGGCAUCGGAAUGCUCCAGCCUAUGGGCAUGAUGCCCGCUGGAGGUCCUCCUCCUCCUGGUUUACCCUUAGGAAUGGAGCACGGACCCCUGCUGCCUCCAGCGCUGACGCAGGACGACCAGCUGAAGAUGGCUCAGCACAGGGCGGCCAUGGUUCUCCAACAGGAGGAACGAGCCAAACAGGCUGCUGUGCUGCUGGAACAGGAGCGUCAGCAGGAGAUGGCCAAGCUGCAGCCCAGGUCUUUGCCCAUUGUUUCUAUCUUGGAUCCUCGUGGGCCGCUUCCUCCUGGUGUCACGUUGUUGCCCUCCCAGAAACAGAGGGUGCCCCCCCCUCCAGGAGAAGACAAAGAGGCCUGGCAGCAUGAAGAGAUCAGCAUCAGUGGGCCAAAGAUCCCUCAGGUUCUGGAGAAGAUCCUGCAGCUGAAGGAGAUCAGACAGGGGCAGCUCACUGAUGUAGCAGACGACGACGAUGAUGGGAGGGACAUGGAUGCCACCAAUUCCUCAGCGCUGAUGUCUGAGAACGACGAAGAUGGUCUGAUGUCUAAAAAAGAUAAAAACCGCAAGAGGAGGAACCGCAAAAAGAAGAGCAAGAAGAAGCGAGCUCAGGAGAAGAAGGAACAAGCUGAGCAGCAGCAGAAGAAGGGAGGUGGUGAGAAGGAGAAGGAGAAAGAGAAAGGGAAGGAGCCAGAGGUGGAGAUCGAGUACGUCACAGAUGAGCCGGAGAUCUACGACCCGAACUUUAUCUUCUUCAAGAGGAUUUUUGAGGCUUUUAAGCUGACUGAUGAUGUGAAAAAAGAGAAGGAGAAGGAGCCGGAGAAGGCGGAAAAGCAGGAAGUUUUAGGCGUUCUGCGAAAGAAAGGGUUUGAGUUGGAGAGGAGAGACAGUGAUGACAGCGAUGAGGAAGUCAAACAGGAUGUUCCUAAACUGUCCAAGAAGAAGCUGAGGAGGAUGAACAGGCUGACAGUAGCUGAGCUCAAACAGCUGGUGGCCCGACCCGAUGUGGUGGAGAUGCACGACGUGACGGCUCAGGAGCCCAAGCUGCUGGUGCACCUGAAGGCCACCAGGAACACGGUCCCUGUGCCGCGCCACUGGUGCUUCAAACGCAAGUACCUGCAGGGCAAGCGAGGCAUAGAGAAGCCCCCGUUCCAGCUGCCGGAGUUCAUCAGGAGGACGGGGAUCCAGGAGAUGAGGGAGGCUCUGCAGGAGAAGGAGGACGCCAAAACCAUGAAAACCAAAAUGAGAGAGAAGGUUCGUCCCAAGAUGGGAAAGAUCGACAUCGACUACCAGAAGCUCCAUGACGCGUUCUUCAAGUGGCAGAUCAAGCCCAAGCUCACCAUCCAUGGAGACCUCUACUACGAGGGUAAAGAGUUUGAAACGCGUCUGAAAGAGAAGAAACCAGGAGAUCUCUCUGAUGAGCUGCGGAUCGCUCUGGGGAUGCCCGUGGGACCGAACGCCCACAAGGUGCCCCCCCCCUGGCUGAUAGCCAUGCAGAGGUACGGCCCCCCUCCCUCCUACCCCAACCUCAAGAUCCCUGGACUCAACUCGCCCAUCCCAGAUAACUGUACGUUUGGUUAUCACGCCGGAGGCUGGGGCAAGCCGCCGGUGGACGAGAUGGGCAAACCGCUUUACGGCGACGUGUUUGGGACCAACUCCGCUGACUUCCAGGCUAAAGCAGAGGAGGAGGAGGUGGACCGCACGCCGUGGGGAGAGCUGGAGCCUUCAGAUGAGGAGUCAUCAGAGGAGGAAGAGGAGGAGGAGAGCGAUGAAGAGAAGCCAGAUGAAACUGGAUUCUUCACACCAGCUGACAGUGGGCUGAUCACACCUGGAGGCUUCUCGUCGGUGCCCAUCGGCACGGAGACGCCUGAGCUGAUUGAGCUGAGGAAGAAGAAGAUCGAGGAGGCCAUGGACGGAAACGAGACUCCUCAGCUUUUCACCGUCCUGCCAGAGAGACGAACUGGCCCCGUCGGGGCGGCCAUGAUGGCGUCCACGCACAUCUACGACAUGUCGGGGGCCAUGGUGAGUCGUAAGACCGGUGGAGGGCAUGACUCCCAUGGCGUAGAGGUGGCCCUGGCCCCCGAGGAGUUGGAGCUGGACCCGAUGGCCAUGACGCAGAAGUACGAGGAGCACGUCAGAGAACAGCAGGCCCAGGUGGAGAAGGAGGACUUCAGCGACAUGGUGGCUGAGCACGCUGCCAAGCAGAAGCAAAAGAAGAGGAAGGCCCAGCCUCAGGAUACCAGAGGCAGCGCCAAGAAAUACAAAGAGUUCAAGUUCUAGAGGAGAACCGCAGCAGCGGGGGGUGGGGGGGUGGGGGGGGGGGGGGGGGGGGAGUGACAGAUUUCUGUUUUCAGAUGAUGCAGCUUGGAUCAGUAAAGCAGUUUAACCAGGUUUAUUCCUUAAACUAAACAUCAACACUGCUGUCAGGAUAAAUCUCAUGUGACUGGUGUCGUGUCAGAAAGGCAUCUCCUCUGUUUAACUGUGCUUUUUAGCUCGUGGCUGUUUUUCACCAUGUUUUACUUUUUUCUGCUUUUGUAAAUAAAUGAAAUGAUUCUAAACCUCCA